GCCCCCUCGCAGUGCCUUGUCCGGGCGGUGGUGUUCGUGCAAGGAGAGCGUGCUCUGGGCACUUGACAUGGCGGCAGCGGCGGCUACUGCGGCGACGAAGGGGAAUGGGGGCGGGGGGGCCCGGGCCGGGGCCGGGGAAGCUGGCGGCGCGCGGAAAAAGAAGGGCCCAGGGCCUCUGGCCACGGCGUAUCUGGUCAUCUACAAUGUGGUGAUGACGGCGGGGUGGCUGGUUAUAGCAGUUGGUCUGGUCAGAGCAUACCUGGCUAAGGGUAGCUAUCAUAGCCUUUAUUAUUCCAUUGAAAAGCCUUUGAAAUUCUUCCAAACUGGAGCCUUACUGGAGAUUUUACAUUGUGCAGUAGGAAUCGUUCCAUCUUCUGUUGUCCUGACUUCUUUCCAGGUGAUGUCAAGAGUUUUUCUGAUAUGGGCAGUAACACAUAGUGUCAAAGAGGUGCAGAGUGAAGACAGUGUCCUCCUGUUUGUUAUUGCCUGGACAAUCACAGAAAUUAUCCGUUACUCCUUUUAUACUUUCAGUCUAUUAAACCAUCUGCCUUACCUCAUCAAGUGGGCCAGGUACACACUUUUCAUUGUGCUGUACCCAAUGGGAGUGUCGGGAGAACUGCUCACAAUAUAUGCUGCUUUGCCCUUCGUCCGACAGGCCGGCCUGUACUCUAUCAGUCUACCUAACAAAUACAAUUUCUCCUUUGACUAUUAUGCAUUCCUAAUUCUGAUAAUGAUCUCCUACAUUCCAAUUUUUCCCCAGUUGUACUUCCACAUGAUACACCAGAGAAGAAAGGUCCUUUCUCAUACUGAAGAGCACAAGAAAUUUGAAUAGCUCCUGCUUCCUGCGCACCCCCCCAAAACAAACUUUUCAAUGACAAAAAAUGCUGCAGACUUUUUGAGUUCCCAAUACGUUUCAUAGAAAAUAAGUAAGAACUAUUUUUAAAAUAUUAAAAAAAUAAAACAAAAACCAAAAUCCAGUGUCACACAGGCCUGGGAUUUUAUUUAAAACAACAGCAACAACAAACAACAACAACAAAAACUAUUACACAAAACAUCCUGGCCGGUCCAUUUCAGCAUGCUCUUUCAACCAGAAGUUCCCAGUAUUUAUG